UCUUAUCGACAGGCUUCAGCUCUGAGAUUCAUAACGAGAACCAUAACGAGACAGAAACUUCUCGAGAGAGUGACCGGAAAAUGCACAGAUCGUGGUCGCCGUUCGUAAUAAUUCAAUCAAUUUUCUUCGCUUUUAAUCUGUGCAAUGCAUUGUAUGGACCAUCGUCGCCAGUGGUUCAGCUGACUCCCUCCAACUUCAAGUCCAAGGUUCUGAACUCAAAUGGAGUUGUUCUAGUUGAAUUCUUUGCCCCUUGGUGUGGUCAUUGUCAAGCUCUAACGCCUACAUGGGAGAAAGCAGCCACAGUAUUGAAAGGUGUUGCUACUGUGGCAGCCCUUGAUGCUGAUGCACACAAGUCCCUUGCUCAGGAGUAUGGAAUCAGGGGAUUUCCAACAAUAAAAGUGUUUGCCCCUGGAAAGCCUCCAGUGGAUUACCAAGGAGCUAGGGAUGUCAAACCUAUUGCAGAAUUUGCCCUCUCACAGAUAAAGGCACUUUUGAAGGAACGUUUGAGUGGGAAAACAUCUGGAGGAUCCAGCGAGAAAUCUGAACCUAGUGCAUCAGUAGAACUGAAUUCUAGCAAUUUUGAUGAAAUGGUUCUCAAGAGUAAAGAACUUUGGAUUGUAGAGUUUUUUGCACCUUGGUGUGGACAUUGCAAGAAGCUUGCUCCUGAAUGGAAGAAGGCAGCUAAUAACUUGAAGGGGAAGGUGAAGCUGGGCCAUGUUGACUGUGACUCUGAGAAAUCUCUCAUGAGCAGGUUCAAAGUGGAAGGGUUCCCCACCAUCUUGGUAUUUGGUGCAGAUAAAGAUAGCCCGAUUCCUUAUGAGGGUGCUAGAACUGCCUCCGCUAUUGAAUCAUUUGCUCUAGAACAGCUAGAAACAAAUGUUGGACCUGCAGAAGUGACUGAGCUGACUAGUGCGGAUGUCAUGGAAGAGAAAUGUGGUUCAGCUGCCAUCUGUUUUGUCAGUUUCUUACCUGACAUUUUGGAUUCCAAAGCAGAAGGAAGGAACAAGUAUCUUGAGAUGUUAUUAUCAGUUGCAGAGAAGUUUAAAAGGAGUCCCUACAGCUUCGUUUGGGCUGCUGCAGGUAAGCAGCCAGAUCUUGAAAACCGUGUGGGUGUUGGAGGAUACGGCUAUCCAGCCAUGGUUGCCUUGAAUGUGAAGAAAGGAGCACAUGCUCCCCUUAAAAGUGCAUUUGAGCUCGAGCAUAUCAUAGAGUUUGUGAAGGAAGCUGGCCGUGGAGGGAAGGGCAACUUACCUCUUGGUGGCACCCCAGUGAUUGAGAAGACAGAACCCUGGGAUGGCAAAGAUGGAGAGCUAAUUGAAGCAGAUGAAUUUUCCCUUGAAGAGCUAAUGGGGGAAGAUACCUCAAACAAGGAUGAGUUGUGAUAAACUUUCAUUAGGCACUAGAAGAAAAAAGUUAGAAAAAACCUAGGGUAAAAUCGAUUUUCAUGUGGCAAGCAGUGUGUGUGGCAUGGCAUGAAUCCAGUAAUUUGUUACUGUACUGGAUGACAUUUUUUGUUCUAUGAAACUUACGAUCAAUCCUUACGACUGCAUUGUUUUUAAUUUACGGGUUGCAUUUUUUUAUUAA